CCCCAGCAUACCAGCAUCCAAUUAUCUACAGCACCUAGUAACCUAAAUUCUAGACGCAGAAGGAUCAUGCAGGAUAUCAAUAAUAUAAGCUUACCCCUUGUUUUAAUUGGACAACCGCCACGUUAUCCGCGUACGGUGCAUGAGGUUUGGGGGCUGCGUAGCAUUUUUCAUGAUAUAGUUCGUUGCGACAACUAUUACCCUAGGAUUCUCUCGUUACCCCUCCGUCACUCACGAUAGCGUAGAUUGGUAUAGCUUCGCAGUUGUGCCGCACAAUCUAGCUUAUUAUUAGGAACGUAUGAUGGAUGUUGCCUACCUUAGUAGCACCUCCAUGGCGACGAUAUACCCAUGGACGAGUGUCCGAGAUUUUCUACUUCUUUUUGUUUAGCUAUAAUCACGACUGAGAGUUCACAAGAUCAUGGCACCUAUCCCAGAGCCGUCUGAGAGCAGCGGGGAUGCGACAUUGGCUGUUAGCGGAGUCGUUAUUGUACUUGCUCUUCUAUCGGUUGUUCUGCGAUUCUACACUCGAAGGUUCACUCGGUUAGGCUUAGGAGCAGAUGACUGGUUAAUCUUGGUCGCUGUCAUCGCAACCCUUUUGACAGCUGUACUUCUCCUCUGGGGUAACAGCGUCGAUCCGGACGGCCUCUGGGUUUCGGAAAACACUGACCCAGACUACCUUUAUACAGCUGAAGAUGUCUUUUACCUUAAGCUUUCAUUUGCAUCUUCCAUCCUAUAUUUCACCAUUGCAGGCGCCACUAAGUUAGGAAUAUUGCUCAUGUACUACCGCAUCUUUGCUGUUAGUACCGCUUUUCGCUACCAAUUAUUCUUAUCGGUUGCCUUGGUCAUUGGAUGGUGGAUUGGAUGCACUAUAGCUACAUUGACGAACUGUAUCCCCCUCGAAUGGAGCUGGAAUAAUAGCUUGGCUGACCCGAGAUAUUGCUUCAAUUAUAAUAUCUUCUGGAUGGCAUCGGGAGCUUGUGAGAUCUUUCUUGACGUGUUGAUCUUGACAUUACCUAUCAGCGUUGUCGUGAGAAUGCGUCUAUCAGCCAGGCGGAAGGUCACCGUCUCGAUUAUUUUUCUCCUAGGCGGGUUUACUAUUGUGACGGGUCUGAUCAAGGUAAUUCUUGGCUACCCACCUAAUAGCCGUGUCCCAUCAUAUUCGAACACCGAAGUGUGGACGACUGUGCAUGCUGGCCUAGCCAUCGUAUGUGCUAGUCUACCUAUAUUCAGACCCUUGGUUAGGCGAAUUUCCCAGUUGUCACUCAUCUCUAAGGCAUCAACCCUAUUUCCUGUUCGGCAUUCUUCAAAGCAACCAACCCCCAUCUCUCUGGAGAUGAUAUCUGAGCCGUCUACCUACCAGAAAGCGUCGGUGGGGGGGCGAAAUGCAGGCUCCUUGCGUGAAGAUGAGGAGGGGUUUUUCUUAGGAUUACCCCGGAUAGAAGCGGUAGAAAACAGCACAGCAUCUCUAUCCGCCCAGCUAGCUAGGUUUAUUGAACAAGGCGAAACGAUUAAUACGGGUCAGAAUUUACAAAUGGGAGAGGCCGUUAACCAGGUACGAUAGGUACCUACUCUAAGAAAAUAAAGAAACCAAAUAAGUGCUACCUAAGCAGUUUCUGACAUUAUAUGAUAUGGUUGUACUACCCAAAGGUACCAAAUCUCUACUAUUCAACCUACAUGUGUUAGGUUGUUCUUUUUGGCAUUUCAAUCACAUGAUGUAUUAAAAAAACGCUAUAUAUCUUUUGAAAGGGUGCCUUGCAUAGGUAAGAGUUAGCAAUUUCUGAUAACAUUGAGACACAUCAAAGGUUCUAGACCCUCAAAUGUCUAAUGCUCCCAAUAUCCUAGAUAGCUACUUUAGGUAGAUGUAUAAAGCAAUUCAAGAGACAAU